GUGCUUAUCGCCUCAUCCUCGUGUUCAUAGUGAGGUUUAGAAGCAGAUACUGCGUCCUACUGAUGUCACCUCGAAUAUGCUUGGGCUGCGGCUGUCCCAACCAUUAUACUCCUUCCACAACUUUGUCCGACGAACAAACGGAUGCUGGGCCUACAUUUGACAACCUUUUGCGUUCCAAUGACCCUCCCUCACCAUCUGAAGAAUGCGAAUUGCGGGAUAAUAUAUCAAUCGGAGAAGCACAUGUUGCCGCGAUUGACGAUCAUGUCGCUGCUCUGAAGAAGCUCCGACAGGCGCUUUCCAGUCAGCUUGCCUCGAUUGGUGCUGAAUUGGAAGGCCUUGACGGCGAACGUGGAAAGGCGGUAGCUCGCAUAGCAGAACGCAAACGCAUUCUCUCCCCAGUCCGUCGCCUACCCCCAGAGAUCCUGUUCAAAAUAUUUUUCAGUACAAUCAUCUUUCCCAUGCCGCGAUCCCUAUCCCGAAGAGUUAGACACUGGUGGGAUUUUCAUCCCAGCGAGAGUGCUUUGUGGUCAGUCGAGCUCGUGUGUAAAACAUGGCGCCACGUCGUCCUUGACUUCCCCCAGCUUUGGUCGAGAAUUAAUAUAUUCAUUAGUGGCGUCAACUUUUCGCCUGAAAACUUUCGCUACGUGCGAAAACUGGCUCGGCAGAAGCUCGCCAGGAGUCGGCGUUUUCCAGAUCUUUGCCGCUCCAGCUUUCCACGCUCUUGUUCUCCAUGCAAGAUCGAAUACAAUCUCUCUAUCUCUUUUUACCUGCCCCAUUGUUCACUUCUUUGGCAACUCUACAACUUUGCAUGCCUCAGAAAACUCACUCUCCUCUGCACGAAUGGUGAAGAGUUCCGAGGGUUAUUUCGCACGGAACUAUUUGGAGACACACCACUCUUGAAUACUCUUGAUACCGUGGAUAUAGGGAACGUUCUUAUUCUCCGUUUGCCCUACCGUCAGAUCACCCAUUAUUCCACUUACCACGUCCUCUGUGAUCGUUCGCCCGGACCUUCGACGUAUUAUAUCCUCCCGCUUUUGUUGGAGGCAGAAGAUCUGGAAGCAUGUGAUUUGAGAUGUGAAGAAAUGCUCCAGAUAGCCAAGACUGCAGACUAUUCACGGUCUUGUUCAAAGCUUCAAACUUUGACCUUAAGCUCGUGGGCAUCCCAAUACCCUAGGUCUGUUCUUGCUCGGCUUCUUAGUGCCCUCGCAUUGCCUCGCCUGUCUACUCUCACAGUGCACUGCUGUGUGGAUGAAGGACAUGUGCGCGAUACCAUGGAAACGUUUACAGCCGUCCGGGGGGCGGUAUGUCGAUCACAGUCGCCUUUGACCACAUUUCACUUCAUCCACGGAAAUAUAGACGGAGAGGAUCUUCUCGCCCUCUUUCGUAGUGCUUCAUCUACCCUUCAAGAAGUCAAGCUCCUUGACGUCGGUCCUCUGGCCUUGACAGAUGACAUCCUUACCCCUCUGGUGACAUCUUACCCGGGUAAUGUUCUCCUGCCGAGACUGCAUACCCUGCAUAUCAGCGGCGAAAUGAAGUUUGACGUCAAUCUUUUUGUGAAAAUGGUGAAGUCGCGUUGGACGUACGAAGGUCCUUCUUUCCAGUGUUUGCAAACGAUCGAGCUGUGCCGAUCAUUAAAUAUUGAAGAUGACAGGGAAGAGGAAGAACUUGGUCGCACAUCAGCCUUGUCUAAGCUGGAGGAAUACCGUGCUGAAGGAUUGAAAUUAUCUUACAACAUUCUUUGA